AUGGCUGAGUUUGACUUCACCGUACCCAUAGACGUCACGAUUAUAUAUGAAGAUAACGAAUCUUCAUUAGAAUACAACACUGAAGUACUAGAAAAUAUUGAGACUGACAACGACACAAAGGAUAUUGUCAUAGAGGAAACCAGCGUAGAUGAACGUAAUUGUGCAAGCCUCGCCAAAUUAAAUUUAAACAUAAAUGAUAGUCAAAUAAAUAUGCCCAUAUUAGAAGAAAUAAGUGGAUUAAAUAAUUCUGAAAAUAUUUUAAAUAAUAAUAAUAACUUUGAACAGUCAAAUAAAGAGCAUAUUGAUGCUGGUCACCUUGAACACGGAAACAAAACAAAUAGCAACAGUGACUUACUAAGUUCAGGUGAAAGUUUAGCCAAUGAAGAGGACAGUUUAUCUAUAGAGCCCGAACUAAAUAACCAUGAACCAAUCAACAGGGAAACUACACAUUCAUUAAAUAAGCUGUCGGAGCUAUUAGCUUUUGUUAUACAAUCACAUUAUCUUUAUUCACUAAAAAGAAACACCAUCUCCGAUACAGUCAAAUAUAACAAUAAAAAAAAGUUUGUUGAAGCUAAAGCCCAUUAUUUUGAUUUAGCAUUUGACAUAGUGGAGUCAAUAAUUAUACCUCAAGAACACAACCACAAUUUUAUUGAUAAAUUUUCAGAUAAUACUGUCAACAUAGCUAAUGGUAAAUCUUAUCCGUGGAGGUGUCAAAAAUCACAUAUAAAAUCAUUAUUAAAUCACUUAAUAAAAUGGACUAAACAAAAAAGAACACAUCUAAACAUCAACCGUGUGGCGAAUGAGUCUAAUCAAUAUGUCACUUUGAAGCAACAACUAUCCAGACCCUUAAAACCGUUUAGUAUACCUCAAUCUGAACCUGUACUUAAUAAUUGUAACACAGACCAUCAAAGUAAUAAUAAUAUCUGCAUCUUUUCUUCCGGUACUCCCGGCUCUGAAAUAAGUAUAAAUAUAAAUGCAGAGACAUUAAAAAGUGUUCAUAAAAAACAGUGCUCAACAGAGAAAACUGAUGGGGAUUAUGGCAACCACUUAUUAUAUGCCGAACCCCCACCAACAAAUAGGCCGAAAGUAAGAAAACCGCCACCACCGUACGAGCAGUAUACGUAUCAGAACAACUAUUCACCACCCCCGUACAAUACAUACAAUAUCUCUCAAACUAUACCUAAUAGCACACAAUAUCAAACAAAUAAACAGGUUCAUAGUACACAAAACUGUAUUAAUGGUAGGGAAGUACAGCGAAACCAUCAAACUCAAGUACAAUAUAUAAAUAGCAGUCAAAAAGGACAAUAUAUAAAUAACAGUCAAGGAAACAACUAUAACAACCAACAUUAUGCUUACUACGACAACAUGAACAAGCAAAUGCAUGAAAGACCUGUUCAUGCUCAAAACCGCAACCCUGUAGCAGGUCACGUCGGUACUUUCAACCACGCGCCAUUAGUCCGCUGCCACAUGUGUGGCAAGUAUAUAAUACCGCGGUACUCUCCCUAUAGUACACCUCCUUGCACUCUACCUUUCUGCAGUCACUUAUGCAAGGUAAUGAAUUACCAGAAUUACAAACCGGCAUGGCCCAGUAAUAUUUGAAAAAGUCUUGACGACUCCAAAAAGUGAACUUUAAAUUGGUAUUGCAUUUUAUGUGAUAAAAA